UUAUGUUAAUGUCGCUUGAGAACAGAGUGGAGUGGAGUGGCAUCGCACGCACGCAACGAUGGAGCUCUCCUUUGCCCCCCACGCGAAGAUGGAGCUCUCGCUCCUCAAUCGAAGAGGGCGAUUCAAUCUCUCCUGUUCUUCUUCGUUAGAGUUCUUGGCACGUAAGAGAAAUGUAAAAUGGCAUCAUUCUUUGGGGUUAAGUUGUUCAAUCAAGACUUCGCGAAAAGGACUAUAUCAAACUUGUUCCCCUUCAAUGCCGAAAAAGAACCAGAAGGUUCUAUGCUAUCAGAAACAAGAAGUCCCUGUGCUAGAAGGCAGGACUAUCGUGGAGGUGUAUGAUGCUUUAGCUGAACGUCUUCUUUCUACUGCAUUAAAGUUCGAGGAUCUUAAUUUAAAGUAUAUUGUUGGCUUGGCUGGUCCACCUGGUGCAGGCAAGUCAACUCUGGCAUCUGAAGUGAUCCGCCGGGUAAAUUUGCUCUGGUCUCAAAAGCUUGUUGAAGCUAAUUCAACUCUUCUACCUGAUGAAGUCGCUACGGUGCUUCCUAUGGAUGGUUUCCAUCUUUAUCGUUACCAGCUGGACGCCAUGGAGAAUCCUAAGGAAGCUCAUGCAAGAAGAGGAGCGCCUUGGACGUUCAAUCCAGAGCUGCUUUUUAAAUGCCUGCAAACUUUAAGGAAUGAGGGAUCAGUUUAUGCUCCAUCAUUUGAUCAUGGUGUAGGGGAUCCUGUAGAAAAUGAUAUUUUUGUGAGUUCCCAGCACAAAGUAGUGAUUGUAGAAGGAAACUACUUGUUGUUGGAAGAAGACACUUGGAAAGAUUUGUCAGCUUUAUUUGAUGAGAAAUGGUUCAUAGAUGUUGACAUUGAUGUCGCGAUGCAAAGGGUUCUCAACAGGCAUAUCUCCACAGGGAAGGAACCCGACGUUGCAAAAUGGCGGAUCGAGUAUAACGACCGUCCAAAUGCGGAGCUCAUCAUGAAGUCAAAGAAACAUGCAGAUCUCGUAAUCAGGCUAUCUGUGACGAAUCUGGCACACGUGCAAAUGAAAUUUAUUCGUAAAGCGUACAAGAUGGAGGAUUCGGCAAUUUCCCAUCCGACCUUUCAUAUCCAAAGAGGAGCCUUAUUGCAAAAGAGUGCUUUUGGAGUGAUGUUUCUUCCAAGAAGCAUUGCAAUAAACUUCACAACUGAGGUAUGCUUUUGGAAGAACAAAAGCUCUUGAAUUUUUAUUUACUACGUGCCUCAUUUGCUUCUGCUUUUCGGUGUUGGAUAUAUACAUUUCGAUCAGAGGCCGAGCCAAACAGGCACUAAUUAGCAAUAGUAAGAUUCAAGGCCUAUAUAUAUAUAUAGCAUUCUUAUGAAAAGCUGUAUUUUUUCUAUUAACAAAGUUAGCCACCUUGUGAGACCACCUUUUUGUAUCCGCGAAAACGUAUAGAAUUUAUUUGAACUAUGAACCAUUUUGAAUUCA